AUGGGCCACCCGACCGCUCCACCCCCGUCGUACGAAGAAACCAUCGCCGCUGGUCCAGUCACCCCUCAACCACCGCAACCUUCGACGACUUGUCCAACCAACCCUGCUCCCCCUCCUCCUAUCGCCAGACCCAGCUCCGCUCGAACCACCUCCGAUGCCGGGGACAACCGCAGCGUCAUGCUGGACCCCAUCCUCAGCGAAGACCCGUCCGCCCUCCAUGCGUUGAUCGUGCGCCAAGCCCGGACCCCUCCGCGACCGUAUCUGACCGUCCGCGGCUCCCACACCGAGACCCGCGAGGACUCCAACGAUACCACCGACAGCAACAACACCAACAACAACAACAAGAGCACGCGGAACGAGACGGUCGUCGACUUCGACUUCAAGAUCGAUCUCUACAAGUACAUGGUCCGCGACUACGACGUGGUGCCCGAUUACGAGGACGGGGUCGACGCGGCUCCAAACGAGGAAGAGGAUCGCGACGGCUGGCGGGUGUGCAGUGUGGUCCGCGAUGGGGACGGGCAGGAGGCGUAUCGCGGCGGUCGCUCCCGGUCGGACACCUGGGCCGGUCACACCCGUCGAUCUGGCGGAGGGCAUGUGGAGGAUGCGUCGGAGGGGGAGAUUGUGGGUCUGGUUGGCGAAGAAGGCGAGGAACCUGGGUUGAUGGGCUGGUGUGACCGGUUCUGCCUGGAUCCCGGGCCGGUCAAGUCGUUUCGCUUCACGAGGAGCAUUGUCGGCUUCGACGUCGCCACCCUCCGCUCCCUCCUUAUCUCCCACCUCCGCAACCUCAACUAUCACGGCAAUAUCGAUAUCUCCAUCACCCUCGCCAAUAAGAAGCUGACGAUCUACUCGCCGCACUGGAUCAACGAGCUGCGCAACAACUCCUUCGCCUACUGGUUCUGCAUCAUCCUGCAGCUCUGGAUCAUCACCUGGCCGGUCAUUUGGUUCCUCGAGCAUCGCUACGACGUCGUCCGCGCCGUGUGGUACUUCUCCCGCGUCCGGGGGUCGCAGACGGUCUAUGCGUGUCAUCGGGAUGAGGCUGCCAUCGCGAAGGAGCUGGCGCCCAUAGUCACGCAGGCGGCGUGGGAGCGACGGAGGAAUGGGAAAAUGCUGACUGCAAACGAGAUGGAGCUGCUACGCCAGUUGGGGACGGAAGGGAGCCAACGUCGCGUGGUUAUGGUGUCUUGGGAUCACAUUGGUGGGUGGGGGAGAGAUUCCUAA